GCAACAUGCCUGCGCACAGACUUUUGCCUGCGUAUAACACACGCUGAGCUAAAAUAUUCAAGUUAAACUGCGCAACAUUUGACAGCAAAUAUGAGUGAUUUGAUGAUAUUAGUUACGUUGUUUUGAGAAAGACAUGGCAUAGAUAGACCAAUUUUAUUUCAUUUCACGUUGGUCAUCUUAACGAGGCUUUGGAGAGGAUGGAAAAACUUGGUUCCAAAGUGAUCCUGUACUCGGGGAUUGUUGGGAUUCUAGCUGUUAUGGUCGUGGUCGGUCAGUAUGUCGGACUGUCUGCCAUGGUUCGUCCUCUACCAAGUGCUGUCGCAGUCCUGUCUCUUGGCGGAAUGGCUUUGAUUUGGAAAGACAUCAGGGGGAGAGUGAAGGGAGACAACCGCGCUUUGGGCGGCCUCCUGAGCCAGUACUUCGCCGUCAAGUUGGUGGGUUGGCUCGGGAAGAGGCAAAGAGCAAAACUGGAGAAGGAUACACAAGACGUUCGGCGCGCGCAAGAGGAGACGCUCUUGAAAAGGUUACAGAAGAACAAGAACACACUGUACGGGAAACAGUAUGACUUUGAUUCAAUUAAAGAUUGUGAGGUGUUCCGCCAGCGCCACCCGGUGACGGGCUACGAGCACUACAGGGACCUGGUGCGGCGGGUGGCCGAGGGGGAGGAGGGGGUGGUCAUCGCAGAGCGCCCCCUGGUGUUGGCCAUGACGUCGGGCACCUCGGGACAGAGCAGCAUGCUACUCAGCACCAGAGACACCAACACCGAGUUCUUCCUGCAGGGUGUCUGCAUAUGCCUGGACGCCAUGCGUCGCGCCUUCCCCGCCACUGAGAGCCUCCAGCGCACCCUGAAGCUCUUCUACACGCCCACACUGCGCCACUCCCCAGCGGGCAUCCCUAUUGGCCCAAACUCCUCAACGCCCGCCUCCUCGCGCCACAUGCUCCACCUCUACACCACCCCCGAGCACGCCUUCAAGGUGCCGAGUGAGAAGGAUACUCUCUACCUCCACCUGCUGUUCGCCCUCAAGGACCGCAGCAUGGGGACCAUCGAGUCCAACUUCGCAUCCACCGUCUUCUACGCCUUCAGGGCACUGCAGGAACGCUGGGACGAGCUCGUGGCGGACAUCGAGCUGGGCCGGGUCAACCCUCAGCUGCAGCUGGAGCCGGAGGUGCGCUCGGCUCUGGAGAAGCUCAUGGCUCCAGACCCGGGGAGGGCGGCCGAGCUGCGUGCCCAGGGAGAGGAGGGUUUCCUGGGCAUCGCCCAGCGGCUCUGGCCCCAGUUGAACCUGGUGCUGGCGGUGGACUCUGGUUCCAAUCAGAUCUAUGGAGAGAUGCUGAGGCAACAUUACUGCAAAGGAGUGCCAUUCUACUCUCCCUUUUAUGCAGCUACCGAGGGUUUGAUAGGUGUAAACCUGUGGCCUGAAAGGGAGGAGAGCCGGCAGUACCUGUUGUGUCCUCGCUCCAUGUUCUGUGAGUUCCUGCCGGAGGCCUCGCUGGACGAGGAGAGCCCCCAGACACUCCUGAUGGAGGAGGUGCAGCAGGGAAGCAACUACGAGCUGGUGGUCACCAACGCAUCCGGACUCUUCAGAUAUCGUGUGGGAGACAUCCUCAAGGUGGUUGGCUUUCACAACAAGUGCCCAGUGGUUGAGUUUCAAUACAGGUAAUGCUGAACAACACAUUCAGUCUCUC